AUGGCAGCCCGGGGAAAUGCGCUGCGCGACAAGCAGAUCCUCUCGAUCAAGAAGAUCCUCAACUUGAACGAACCCAUAGAACCAAGCGAGACCGACGAUUCCCAUGUCAAUGGAUUCAUCUCGCCCUCCGCGCCUAUCUUGAAGGAUGGGACGCCCAUUUGGAAGAUCCUAGUUUUCGAUGAUCUGGGUCGCGAUGUUAUUAGCCCGGUACUUCAGGUCUCAGACCUGCGGUCAAUGGGGGUUACGAUGCACAUGCAUAUAUCGUCUCAGAGGGCCGCUAUCCCCGAUGUACCAGCAAUAUACCUGGUCGAGCCAACACCCGCGAACUUGCACGCGAUUACAAACGACCUCCAAAAGGGGUUGUACAGUUCAGCCUAUAUAAAUUUCCUCUCCUCCAUACCGAGACCACUGCUGGAAGAUUUUGCUGCGCAGACGGCUGCGGCCGGGACAUCGGAGCAGAUCUCGCAAAUCUACGAUCAGUAUCUGAACUUCAUCGUCACGGAGCCCGAUCUGUUCAGUCUCGGCAUGCAGAAGGAGCACACCUACUGGGCGCUGAAUAGCGCAAAGACUAAAGACGAGGAACUAGAUCGGGUGAUAGACCGCAUUGUUAGUGGUCUGUUCAGCGUUGUGGUAACUUCAGGAGUGAUACCAAUCAUCCGCUGCCCAAGGGGUGCCGCUGCCGAAAUGAUUGCCGCCAAACUCGACCGCAAGCUUCGCGACCACAUUCUCAACUCCAAAGACAACCUCUUUUCUUCGCAAGCACGACCUGCCGGCUCAGCCGCCGGAACACCGACAUCCAGACCCGUCUUAAUUAUACUUGACCGCAAUGUUGACUUGAUACCCAUGUUGUCCCAUUCCUGGACGUAUCAGAGCCUGUGUUUUGACAUAUUCAAAUCUGAACUGAACCGCAUUACUAUCGAGACCCCAGUUGAUUCCAACAAUCCAGCCAAGGGGACAACCAAGAAGAGUUAUGACCUCGCCGCCAAUGACUUCUUUUGGGCCAAAAAUGCUUGCUUGCCAUUUCCCCAAGUUGCUGAAGACAUCGACGCCGAGCUUACAAAAUACAAGGAGGAGGCGGAAGCCAUCACAAAGAAGACCGGAGUUACCAAUUUUGACGACCUCCAAAACGACACGAGUGCUAGCGCACAACACCUUAAGGCUGCCAUCACACUCCUUCCGGAGCUUCGGGAGCGUAAGGCGACACUAGACAUGCACAUGAAUAUUCUUGCAGCCGUCUUGGGAGAGAUUCAAAACCGGCAGUUGGACAACUAUUUCCAACUGGAGGAGGACGUGGCGAAGCAAACCAAGGCGCAGAUGCUCGAGCUCAUUAAGACGGCAGACAAGGGGCAACCGACAGACAAGUUGCGCCUCUUCAUUAUCUGGUUCCUCAGCACGGAGCAGGAUGUGUCGCGGCAGGAAUGGGUUCAGUUUGAGGAGGCCUUGACGUCGGCAGGGUGCGACAAGACGUGCCUGGCGUACAUUCGACAGGUCCGGGCAACCACGAAAAUGACACAGCUUACCACGGUCAACAACCAAGGGUCAAGCAGCCAGCAACCAUCCGGGUCAUCAGACCUUUUCCAUCGCUUCUCGGCUAUCUCAACCCGUCUCACGGACCGGCUCAAGGAGACCGGAGUUCCGACGAGCGCCCUGUCGUCCAACGUGGCCUCGUUGCUAGGCGGGAUCAAGAAUUUUCUGCCAGUGGACAGGGACCUGACCGUGACCAAGAUCACAGAGUCGAUUAUGGAUCCUUCGAGUGCAAGCUCGUCGGCAAUUGCCAAGACGGAGAACUACCUCUACUUUGACCCGCGGAGCGCCAAUGCGCGCGGGACGAUGCCGCAGCCGUCGCAGCUGCGGGCGGCUGCGGGCGCGGCUUCGGCGCCGGGCGGGCUGCCGGGCUCGGCUCUUGGCGCACAGGCCCCGGGAACAGGGGCGAGCUUCGGGCAGCGGCGACAGGGCUUCUCGGAGGCUUUGGUAUUCAUGGUGGGGGGCGGCUCAAUGGACGAAUACGGGAACUUGCAAGAAUGGGCGGCGCGCGUGGCCGCAGGGGACCGGGCCAAAAGGAGGGUCGUGUACGGGGCUAGCGAGCUGGUGAACGCGAGCCAGUUCAUUCGGGAGGAGCUUAACAAGCUUGGCAGAGAAAUGUCUUGA